AUGCCAGGAAUGACAGGUUUUGAGCUGCUCAAGAAAUUGAAGGAAUCAUCUAAUUUAAAGGAAGUACCUGUUGUGAUAUUGUCUUCAGAGAAUAUUCCUACUCGCAUCAACAAAUGUUUAGCGAGCGGAGCGCAAAUGUUUAUGCAGAAGCCAUUGAAACUAUCGGAUGUAGAGAAACUCAAGUGUCAUCUCUUAAACUUCAGAAGCUAA